AUGACGCCAACAUCGCCAGUCGCUGUCAACCAAGCUGGAAGACGUGGUAUCAACGCAUCAGAGUUCGCUACUUGGCCCGAGCGCAAACGCUCGAGACAAUCCCUCCCCUUUCUUGUCGACGAGCGCAAACGAUCGUGUCGAUCUCUCCUCCUCCUCAUCAACGUUAUCCCUUUGCUUUUCUUCACGUUGCUACCCACACGUCUCGAUGUACAUCCCUGGGACCCUCGCGAUCCUGUUCCACUGAUGUCCAGUCAAUCCAGGGACGCGCAGUCUAUGGAUCCACGCGACGAUCGUACGCCUCGGCUACCUUCUCCCCACCCCCAAUUGCUCAAGCUCAAUAAUUUGAGCCGUUCGGUGUCAAUCGGCCGUCUCAUUGCGUCUCACUCUCAAGAAACUGGCUAUCAUCAAGAACCUGUGAAAUUGUUAUCUGCGCUCGCAUUUGGUCUGUCCGGUCGCUCCAGGCAGAUCGCCUUUGGGACAUUGCUCACUCGAGGCCCACCAUCUCCGCUGGUGUAUAAUUUCAUGAAGCAACUGCACGAUUCCUCCCGUCUUCUUGCACGCGCAGCGUCAAAUAGCGGACGCGCUGCUCAAGCACUGAACGGUAAUCACAGCGGCGCGGGGAGCAAUGGAGCCUUCAAGUAG